UCUUAAAACCUCAAUCUGGCAACCCUGAGCAACAGCACGGUAAACAGCUGAAAAGCGACGGAGCUCUGCGUCGGGUUUACUGCUGAGACACAAGCACGAGUGAGAGCAGCAGCACAGGAUGAUAGCUGAAGUGUUUUCUCUCACAACACUCAAUACAUAUCUACAUCACAAUAGUUCAUAAGAGAACUCAAGACGGACCUGAGGGUGCAGUUUUGUUGUCCAAACUUAAGUUAUUAUAAACAGACGAUGAACGAUAUUAAAGUUGCUGUUCUUGGAGGAGAAGGAGUCGGGAAAUCAGCGCUCAUCGUACGAUUCCUAACCAGGAGAUUUAUCGGAGAGUACGCCUCAUCAUCAGAGUGUAUAUACAGAAAACGCAUGUCCGUUGAUGGAAGGCAGCUGAAUCUGGAACUUUACGACCCAUGUUCCCAGCCCUGUGAGGGAAAGUCCACUCUGAAUGAGCAGAUCCACUGGGCUGAUGGCUUUGUGGUGGUGUACGACAUCAGCGACCGCUCCUCUUUCAUCACUGCUACAGCUAUCGUGCACCUGAUCCGAGAGCUCAACCUGGGAGCAGCCAAAAGGGAGUCUGAGUCGGUGGUGUUCUUGGUGGGAAAUAAACAAGACCUGUGCCACAUGCGUGAGGUGGGCAAGGAGGAAGGUCAGAGGUUGGCGACAGAUGGACGCUGCCAGUUCUACGAGCUCUCCGCUGCCGAGUGCUACCAGGAGGUGGCACUCAUGUUCACAAAGUUGGUGCGCAACGCAAGUGUGAGCGGAAAAGCUAAAGAGCGCCGGCGCCGACCCAGCGGCUCUAAGUCCAUGGCUAAAUUGAUCAACAAUGUGUUCGGCAAGAGGCGGAAAUCAGUGUGAUCCGGUAACCAGAGGAAGAAGAGAUAUGCAUGGACACUUCCAGUGCCAUAAUCAUAAGAGAUGCACUUAGCUUCUUACUGGAGUAUAAAGAGGAUCAAAGAUCAACAUGGUUAUUUCUGCCUACUACAUGUGAUUAUCUAUAAAAAUGUCACAUCCGAAUGUUAGCAGUAGGGUGUUUUGGGUGACCAUUUUUGGUUGACAUUAUCCACUGUUUGCCAUAUAUGUCCCAACUGUGAACACUAAAAGUUUUAGUGUUGGACAAUACAUAAAAUUGGCAAAUACACCUUGCUGCAUUUCACGUAUGAGUAUGAGCAGACAUUUGAUCUGUAAACAAGUUGUGACCUUAGUAUUAUAAGGUUGAAGAGCUGUUUUGAACUAUAGGACAAAGUUUCUAGCUUUCUAGAAUUUCAAGUUUCUAGAGACAUUCUAGCAUAAAUUUAUAGUCUAUAAGUUUACAAGGCCUACAUUUUAAGGUAUAUACUAUUGCAGGUUUUUCAGGUCUUGAUGGUCAUGAUGGAUCCAGGGUCAAUCCAGGGAACACUGGGUAUGAGGAGGGACUACACCCUGAAUGGGACACCUGUCCAUUUUAGGGCACCAUGCACACACAAUCACACCAUGAUUCACAUCUAGGGACAUUUUAAGGUCACCCAUCCACCAACACCAUGUUUCCUGGUAGUCGAAGGAAACUGGAGAACCCAGAAUAAACCCACAUGGACACAGUGAGAACAUGCACAGAAACUCCACACAGACAGUAACCCGAGCUCAGGAUUCAACCAGGGGGUUAGGGUUAGAACAUAGAUAUAUAUUGGCCCUGGCCAUCUGUGUUUGUUCAUCUUGGAUGAUGAAUGGCUAGGAGAUAGAACCUUAUAAAAUGUUGAUCUGUGAGCUGGGAGGUAGGAAUUUUUUAUGUUUUCAAAUAUUCCAAAAAAAAUUAAAAAAAAAAAAAAAAAGAACAGUGGGAGAAUAAAGUAGUUUGACAUUUAUGUGGUUCACUCAUUUAACACCAAAAUUCCAACUCUAUGGAAUCUUAUAAUACUGAGGUCACAUGAUAUAGUCACACUGUUUAGAAAUGCUCUUUCCUUUAAAACUACCGCAUAUGCUAUGCCAUAAUGCCAGAAAUGACACAGAAACGUAGGCCACCUGUUAAGUUUUUGCUGUAAUUCCUCUCAUUGUCCUGUCUUGACAACUCAUUAACAUCAUGAAAAAUGGGCUAGGUUUUGUAGAAUGUAAACUUUUCAGAGUGGCGUUCUGUAAACGUCUCUAUAUGUUUGAAAUGCUGACCCCUUCAUAGAAUAAAGUGAAACAGCUUUCACCUUCGCUGCCCA